AUGACGGACCUCUUCGCGCCCGCGCCUGAGCCCAAGACGGAGCUGGGGCGAUAUAGGAUCUUGUCUUCCUCUGCUGGUAUCCGUGUCAGUCCACUGCAGCUUGGUGCCAUGAGCAUUGGUGAUGCUUGGUCCGGAUUUAUGGGCUCCAUGAGCAAGGAGCAGUCUUUCAAGCUCAUGGAUGCGUACUUUGAGGCUGGAGGCAACUUCAUUGAUACUGCCAACAACUACCAGAACGAGCAAUCCGAAUCCUGGAUCGGCGAAUGGAUGGAGAAGAAGAACAAUAGGGACUUCAUGGUCGUUGCUACCAAGUACACCACUCCAUACACCCAGUACCGCGAUGGCAAAGGUAUCAGUGUCAACUACAGCGGCAACGACAAACGAUCACUCAAGAUGUCCCUCCGCGACAGCUUGAAGAAGCUCAAGACAGACUUCCUGGAUAUUUUAUAUGUGCAUUGGUGGGACUGGACGACCUCAGUAGAGGAGCUUAUGGACUCUUUGGACGAAGUGGUAAAGCAAGGCAAGGUCCUGUACUUGGGUAUCUCUGACACCCCAGCCUACAUCGUCAGCGCCUGCAACACUUACGCUCGUGCCCAUGGCAAGACACCCUUCAGUAUCUACCAAGGCCGCUGGAACGUCAUGCUGCGCGAUAUGGAACGUGAGAUCAUCCCCAUGUGUCGACACUUCGGCAUGGCCAUCGCGCCCUGGGACGCCAUUGGUGGAGGCAAGUUCCAGAGCAAAGCUUCGAUGGACGAGAGGAAGAAGAAUAACGAGGGGUUGAGGUCCAUGAUGGGCAGUAGUGGCCAGAGCGAGAAUGAGGUCAAAAUGAGUGCUGCUCUUGAGGAGGUGGCGCAGGAGCAUGGGAUCAAGAGCGUGACGGCUGUGGCGUUGGCGUAUGUCAUGUCCAAGACUCCUUAUGUCUUUCCCAUUGUCGGAGGCAGGAAGAUCGAACACCUCCACGACAACAUCCAAGCCCUCAAGAUCAAGCUCACCGACAAGCAGAUUGAGAAGCUGGAGGGUGUCGUGCCUUUCGAGCCUGGCUUCCCAAACAACUUUGUUGGCAUCAACCCGCACAUCACGGGACAAGCUGGCUUCAUUCUUGGUGGCUCUGCGCCGUUGGCUUUCGUGAAAGAUGGCAAGGCUAUUGGGCACGAAUAA